AUGAAAGCUCUAUUGGCUUUCGUUAUAAGUGCUGUUGUCUUUCAUUAUGGAGAAAGUGCCAUUUUCGGAGAAUGGGAUGAUGUAAAUCGAGAUGAUUUUGAGCCAGAUAAAGGCUUCCUAUGUGCUGACAAAUACGUUUCACCAAGUUUAAAAUGGUUUGUUGAUUAUUACCGAGAGAAAGUGUAUCCGUUCUGGUAUUUGGGAUGUGGAAACACGGAGAACAUUUAUGAUUCCAUUCCAGAAGCUGAGAAGUCUUUGCCAAGUGACUCAGCACAAUGCGAUGGAUUCAAUAUGACCGGUUGGCCAACAUAUGGUCCAUCUUCAGAUGAAUCUGACUACAAAUGUCCAGACGGCAGUAGCUACUUACCUUACGGAGAGUUCUCUGCAAUCUGUUGUGAUGACGCAACAGCAGAACGAUAUCGUCAGAGUAAACACGUAAAAUGUCCGAAUAACGAAGAUUUGAUGACAAUCGAGAUAGUACACAUGGACAAAGAGUUUGAGGAUGUUGUUUCAUUCCGAGAGAAUCGAACGUUAUUCGGAAAAUCCUGUGAGCACAACUUUUGUCCUCAAAACUUCCGUUGCUUGCAAGGAGAGUUUGAAGCUUAUUGUUGUCCAGAUGACCCAGCGUCUGCAUUUACAAACAGUUUAUCAGAUAGUAAUGCAAAGAAAGCCAUAAGCAGAACGUCAGGCGAUGGCAUUGUCAACUGGCUCAAACGACAGCUCAUCGAGAGCUCUCUCAUCAUUCGUUUCAUUUUUGUAACGCUAGCCAUAUUUGUAUUUGUCAUAUCUUUAUUAAUUUGUAUUGUAUGUCGAACAAAUCGUUCACGUCGUCCACUUCUGCAUCAGAAGUAUGGAGAUGCGAAAGAAACGAUGACUCUGAAUCCAUAG